AUGACUCUCCUGCCCUCGCCCCUCGCUCAGUCCACCUUGAGCGAGAAGGCUUCUCUCUAUUUGGACCACGUCACCGACAAUCUCCCCGUGUUCUUGCACUCCCUCCGUCCCCGAUUGGACCCGUGGCUGACAUACUCGACCACGCCCUUUCGAUCGGUCGCGCAGGCGCUGCCAUUUGACGCCGACGAACAAACCACCGCCCUCUGUACGGCUGUUCUCGUCUGUGUCCUUACCGUUGCCGCGAUGGCUUGGGCAAACCCUCUGUCCGGGCUCUGGCGUCGCGCUGCCCCGCAGGUCAGCGAGGAUGAUUACAGUUAUAUCACUCCUGACUAUAUCGUCGACCCCCCAGCCAAUACUUCGCGUCAUGCCCAGACCAAGUACGAUCCGAAUGUGGAUAACAGCGAGCCAGACAUUAUCGCCCUGCGACACCGUGGCACCAUCUACCCUCUCCACUUCCGCGCAUACGCCAUCGACGACGGUGUGCUGACCGUGGGCGCACUUCGAGAAGAGGCUGCACGACAGACCGGCGCACACAAUCCUCAACAAGUCCGGUUGCUUUACAAGGGGAACCUGCUUAAGGAUGAUAAUCGAUCAUGCAAGGCCGAAGGACUCAAGCAGCACUCCGAGGUGCUGUGUGUGGUCUCCGAGGUUGGCGCCAACACCCCGAGCGAGGUCUCGGAUUCGUCGCGUGUAGACGGGGAAGAUGAAGACGCCGGCUCACCCGUCGAGAAAAGCAAAAAAAAGAAUAAGAAGAAGAAGCCCAAGAAGAAGGCUCCUCUGCCGGAGUCCCCCCGGCCCGGGUCAACAACUCCUGCUUCCAGCUCCAACCCACCUCUGCCACCCAAUCUCAAACUUCUGCCCACCGCAAUAGAGCAGGUGGCCGCAUUGACUGGCUACCUCCAACAAGUGCUGAUCCCCAUGUGUGAGGAGUUCUUUGCGAACGUGCCUACCGACCCUAAGAAGCGGGAUUUUGAAUACAAGAAGCUAAGUGAGACCAUUCUGGCCCAGAUCAUGCUGAAGGCAGAUGGCAUCCAGCCCGAGGGCAACGUCGAAGUGCGCAAUGCCCGCAAGGCCCUGAUCAAGGAAGCGCAAUCUUACCUCACUCGACUCGAUGAGUACAAACCGGAAUAA